CUUAAUAUCCACACCUGUUGGGAUAAACUAUAAACACACUUGCCUUAGAAAAAGUACAUCCACUUUUACACAUGACUCGGAGGGAUCAACAUCAGUCGUAAUCUCAAGCAGGACUCUUCCUGGAGCAUCAGUUGAUUUUGCCACAAAAGUAAAGUUCAAAAGAAUCUGAAGUUUACUAAACAAAUUUGAUUGAUAUGGAGCAUUCGCUUCGAAAGUACGCAGUUCUUUUAGCUGACCGCAGCUUGGCUUUGGUCACAUUGGAAUCCCUCGUCAGUUCUUUGCUCAUUUUCACAGCGGUGUUUGGAAACUUUCUGGUGUUAUGGAUUGUAUACAGGAAUCGCAAUCUUCGUACCAUUCCUAACCAAUUCGUGGUGUCCCUGGCUGUCUCUGAUAUCCUAAUGGCGGCAAUUUGUGCUCCACCCUGCGUCUCGGUCCUUAUCACUGGCACCCGAGCCUWUGGCGACUUCGUGUGUCAGCUUCAAGGAUUUUCCAUUGCCUGCUUGGCGUGUGUCUCUCUCCUGACCAUGACCCUCGUGGCUAUCAAUCGAUAUUUUCUCAUUGUUCGACCACAGAAGUACCAGAAAAUUUUCACUCCAAGGAAUACAAAGUUAAUGAUCAUAGCAGUUUGGCUUGUAUCUUUGACCGAACCACUGCCAUAUUUAUUGUCGGGGCACCGUUAUGAAUACCAUCCGGGCAAGGUCUUCUGUUUUCAAGUGCUGCAAGUCAAUUUCUACACCUUACUUGGUUAUGUCUAUGUGGCUAUUCCUCUUCUUCUUCUGACAACCUGCUACUUCACUGUCUUCAAAUUGCUGCGUCAACACCAGGACCGCAUCAAAAAGUUGAGGAACUCGUCGACGUUCGAAGGUGCCAAUCCACGCCAGGUUUCCAUCGAGGACAUUAACGUAACGCGGACCCUCUUCCUUACAGUUUGCGGCUUUCUGAUUUGCUGGAUUCCUAUUAGUAUCGUGGAUUUUAUCGGAUUUGCUCAAGGCACUUGGGCUUUGCCGCGUCAGGUGUACCUGAUGUACACGUUUCUUGGUCAGCUAAGUACAUCUAUUAAUCCUGUUAUCUACGGCGUCAUGAACAAGACCUUCCGUGAUGAGUACAAGAAGUUAUUGUGCAACUGGGAGCUUUGUUCGCCUUGGAGAGAAGAUGGUUUUCACUCUGAUAACUCACAGCCAACAAAGGACAGUAAAUGUUCGAUCGUGUGAUAAUUCAGAAAGAAAAACUCUUGAUGGUCUGCCUAUAUACCGAUAGCGGUUUCCAUUUCCCUCAGCAGAUGUCUGGGCAAAAGAGUUACGUACGGAAGAUCGGAAAAUCUACUUUCGUGGGACAAGAGAAAAACAAUAUUUGUAAUUACUAUAAUCGCUCUAUCUGAAGUAAUAAUAAUAAUUAAUACAACUAAUAAUUGAAAAUAAGAGUUGAUAAUUGAUAGACAAACUUCAAUCACAUUUCGUCACGCCAAUGAAAUUGUAGUCUAAAUCAAUCGAUAUGCCUACGAACUUUAAUUUACUAUGACACAACUUAUCUUGAAUAUAGUCAAGGACAAUACAAAUAUAAUAAAAAUAUAAAUAUUUCUCGUUUAUGAUGAGAUAUUCUUUAGAUUCUAGUUAUGGAAAUGGUUAGGGCUUUUUGAGAUUCGCUCGAAGAUAACUACUAGAUCUAGAGGCUUGUACAAAUGCAGUUUGCCUUUUGAGUUGUUCCACCAAGGCAUUAGCCUUACCUCUACAGAAAGCUUAAAAUUGUUGUCAUAAUAUGUUUGUAGUCCAUUUAGUAUCACAAAGAGACAGAAUACGUGAACACCUGCGUGGUCGGUAAAUAAAACUAAGAAGAAGAAGAUAGAGAUUGUACAAAUAAGCACAGUCAAAAUAAGACUAGUGGAUGUUGAGUUUUAAAUAAAGUGGACUGUAGCCAAAAAA